UCGUCCAGAACUGCUGUUAACCCACGUGGGCUCUCGGAAACACACAUUAUGGGAAUUUGCCUUUCCCCUUAUGCAGAGGAACGACUACGUGGUACUCUCACUGCAGAUAAGAAUGAGAUACUCUACUCAGAAUUUGGUAUAAACUACAAUAAUGAACCUCCAAUGUUUCGUAAGGGUACAGUAUUGCUCAGGAAGCUGAUUAGAGUUGAAGAGGGUGGAAGACUUCGCAAAGUUGUUUUACCAUUUUGUAUAGAUAUAAUUGGAAAACAGUUUUGGGAUGAAAAUCCUGAAAUACUGAACUUUCGUGAACUACAGAUAUGUGACAGUGGCUGUGAAUCUCAAAAUUCUGUUUCUAGAGAAGCUCCCAAAAACUCUGUUUCCUGAAGACAGCAGAAAUAUUUAUGAAAAGUUGUAAUAUAUUUUCAUCACAUUUUAUGUGCUUUUAAUAAAAGACAUUGCAGAUUUGUAAAAAAUAGUACCU